AAAGAAUGAAGAAGAAGCGGGAAAAUGAGUGUAGUACGGAAAAUAACGAUGAUGAUGAUGAUGACGAUUUAGCAUCAAAUCUAUAAACCCACCCCCAAGGGUUUUACCCAUCCAUCUUCCACCUUCAAACAUGGCUCGUUUCUCGAAAUGCUCCUUACAGCGCCUCCGCUACUACUACACCUCCACCACUUCUCAUUCUUCCCACCCCACUCACUUCUCACCGGCGCGGCUGCGCAAUGUCUGGAUUUCGGGGCUUCUGGACCCUUCUAAGGUGACUCUCACAUUGAGGGAGAUGCUUUAUUCGGGUCAUGUCGAUUUGAUGGAGGAUGCUAGAAAGGAUAUUAUUAAGCGUGAUAAGGAGCAUGAGUCUUAUAUUAAACAAGAGUCAUGGGUCAGUGAAGUUCGUGCCUUGAAAAAACAACCAGGUAGCUUUACCCAUCUCAAAUGGCUCAUUAAUGCUCCCACUGCAGAUUCUAUCACUGCUGAUCUCACUUUCUUCAACUGGAGGAAACAUAAGAUGAGCAUAAUGGACACAACUAAUUGUUUUGAUUUCACCUCUGAAGUUAAGAAUGCUCUGGGUGCCUUUGACAGUGCUGUUCUUGUUCUUUCUAGCGUUGAUGGGGUGCAGGACCAGUCCAUUGCUGUGGAUAAGCAAAUGAUAACAUAUCAACUUCCAAGACUUGUAUUCGUCAAUGAUCUUGACCAAAAGGGAGCAAAUCCGUGGCAAGUUUUAAAUCAGGCAAGAUCGAAACUUCAACAUCAUUGUGCUGCAGUCCAAGUUCCAAUAGGCUUGGAAUAUAAUUUUAAGGGACUUGUUGAUCUCGUGCAGUUAAAGGCCUACUUUUUUCAUGAUUCAAAUGGAAAAAAGGUUGUCGUUGAAGAAGUUCCCACAUAUAUGGAAGCCUUGGUGUCAGAAAAAAGGCAUGAACUCAUAAAAACUGUGUCCGAGGUGGACGGUAAACUUGCUGAAGCUUUUUGCAUUGGCAAGCCCAUAUCAGCUGCUGAUCUUAAGGAAGCAGUUCGUCGGGCCACCAUAGCACGGAAAUUUAUACCAUUUCUCAUGGGCAGUGCAUUCAAAUAUAAGGGGCUACAAUUACUUUUGGAUGGUCUACUUAAUUAUUUGCCGUGUCCAACUGAAGCUAGUAAUUCUGCUAUCAUACAAUCAAACAAUGAGGAAAAGGAUACACUUGUGGCAUUGGCUUUCACAUUGAAGAGGAAGUACGAUGCAAUAACAUAUUUAAGAAUCUAUGAUGGUGCCAUCCGUAAAGGAGAAUUUAUUACGAACGUUAAUACUGGCAAGACGUUCAAGGUUCCUCAUUUCUUUGAGGCAGUGCAAAAGGAUAAGAUGGGGGUUCCUCAUUCGAUUGAGGCGAGAGAGGAUGAGACUAAGGUUCCUUAUACGACUGAGCCGCGGAAGGAUGACUUGGGGGCUCCUUGUUUGUUUUGGGUGCGUAAUGAUGAGGUGUUUGGAGUGGCACAUGCUGGAGAAAUCGUCGCUGUACAUGAUGUUAUUAAUGCAGCAGGCGAUACUUUUACUGAUGGAUUAGUAAGAUAUAGAAAGGCUUCUGUUGAUGUUUCUGAGUUGGUUUCAAGAGUUUCUGGAGUGCAAGUUUCGAAAGUUUAGCAGACUCGAAGUUUCAGUAAUGUCACUCUUUUGAUAGGCCUCCUUGGUGGACAACUCUUUUGAUUAUGUAUAUGUUGAGGUGGUGUAUUUGCCACUAUUUGGGAGUUUACAAAUGUUUUAUUUUGAGUUGUACAUAUAUCUAGAUAUGUCAUUUUCAGAAUCUGAUUGAUGAUACAUUUAUUUAAACAAGAUUCUAAUUUUGGAAACGUUGA